CCCUCCCACCUCCCCAGGCGCGGAGCACCUGCUUCCUGCUGGGGCUCAAGCGCAACGAUCUCUGCUCCGCGCCCACGGCCACCUCCGAGGGUGGAGCUGGCCAGCCCCGCCUCGCACACCUCCAGCUGCACAGGUAGCUCGCUGGGCAGGGCCUGGAAGCAAAGUCAGAGCGGCUGGCCGACUCCUCGCAUUCGCCCAAGCCCUCGGAGCCGCCACCAUGGGGAUGUCCAAGUCACGGACUUGCUUUGGUUACCCCCUGAGCAUCUUCUUCAUCGUGGUCAAUGAGUUCUGUGAGAGGUUCUCCUACUAUGGAAUGAGAGCGCUGCUGGUUCUGUACUUCCGAAACUUCAUUGGCUGGGACGACGACCUGUCCACGGCCAUCUACCACACCUUCGUCGCCCUGUGCUACCUGACGCCGAUCCUCGGGGCUCUUAUUGCCGACUCGUGGCUGGGGAAGUUCAAGACAAUUAUAUGGCUCUCCAUCGUCUACACCAUCGGGCAAGGAGUCAUCUCAAUAAGCUCAAUUAAUGACCUCACAGACUACAACCACGAUGGAACCCCCAACAGCAUGGCCAUGCACGUGGCGCUGUCCAUGAUCGGCCUGGUCCUGAUCGCUCUUGGCACGGGAGGAAUCAAGCCCUGUGUGUCUGCGUUUGGUGGUGAUCAGUUUGAGGAGGGCCAGGAAAAGCAAAGAAACAGAUUUUUUUCCAUCUUUUACUUGGCCAUUAACGCUGGAAGUUUGCUCUCUACCAUCAUCACUCCCAUCCUCAGAGUUCAACAAUGCGGAAUUCACAGUCAACAAGCUUGUUACCCACUGGCAUUUGGGGUUCCUGCUGCUCUCAUGGCUGUAUCCCUAAUUGUAUUUGUCAUCGGCAGUGGAAUGUACAAGAAGUUCAAGCCGCAGGGCAACAUCAUGAGUAAAGUGGCCAAGUGCAUCGGUUUUGCCAUCAAAAACAGGUUCAGGCAUCGGAGUAAGGAAUUUCCCAUGAGGAAGCACUGGCUGGACUGGGCUAGAGAGAAAUACGAUGAGCGGCUUAUCUGUCAAGUCAAGAUGGUUAUGCGGGUGAUGUUCCUGUAUAUUCCACUCCCCAUGUUCUGGGCCUUGUUUGACCAGCAGGGCUCUAGGUGGACACUGCAAGCAACAACCAUGAACGGGAAAAUUGGAGCUAUUGAAAUCCAGCCGGAUCAGAUGCAGACUGUGAACGCCAUCCUGAUUGUUAUCAUGGUCCCUAUCUUCGAAGCUGUGAUCUAUCCGCUGAUUGCCAAAUGCGGUUUAAAUUUCACCUCCCUGAAGAAGAUGACAGUUGGAAUGUUCCUGGCUUCCAUGGCCUUUGUGGUGGCUGCAGUUGUGCAGGUGGAAAUUGAUAAAACUCUUCCAGUCUUCCCCAAAGCACACCAGGUCCAAAUUAAAGUACUGAAUGUCGGAAAUGAUAACAUCGCUGUUUCUUUUCCGGGAGAGACGGUGACCGUCGGCCAGAUGUCUCAAACAGAUACAUAUAUGACUUUUGAUAUAGACCAACUGACAAGCAUCAACAUGUCUUCCCCCGGAUCACCAGUCACUGCAGUAGCCCACAACUUUGAGCAGGGCCAUCGCCACACCCUCCUGGUGUGGGCCCUUGGUAACUACCACGUGGUAAAGGAUGGGCUUAACAAGAAGCCAGACAAAGGAGAAAAUGGAAUCAGAUUUGUAAAUACUUUUAACAACGUGGUCAACAUCACAAUGAGCGGGCAGGUUUAUGAAGAUGUCACCAGUUACAAUGCCAGCGAGUAUCGGUUUUUUUCCUCUGGCAUAAAAAACUUCACAAUAAGCUCAACAGAGUUUCCACAAGCAUGUUCACGGGAUUUUCAGUCUUCCAACCUUGGAUUCGGUAGCGCUUACACCUACGUGAUUGAAAGGCAGAGUAACGGCUGCCCUGGAAUAAGGCAAUUUGAAGAUAUUUCACCCAACACGGUCAACAUGGCUCUGCAGAUCCCGCAGUACUUCCUCCUCACCUGCGGCGAGGUGGUCUUCUCUGUCACGGGCCUGGAGUUCUCAUAUUCUCAGGCUCCUUCCAACAUGAAGUCAGUGCUUCAGGCGGGGUGGCUGCUGACGGUGGCUGUCGGCAACAUCAUCGUGCUUAUCGUGGCAGGGGCCGGCCACUUCAGUGAGCAGUGGGCUGAGUACAUCCUCUUCGCCGCAUUGCUUCUGGUCGUCUGCAUCAUAUUUGCCAUCAUGGCUCGAUUCUAUACCUACGUGAAUCCAGUGGAGAUUGAAGCUCAGUUUGACGAGGAAGAAAAGAAAAGGAAGGCCGAGAAGAGUGACCUGUACCCCACCUUGGAGUCGGUUUCGCAGACAAAGAUGUGAAGGUGAGGAAGCUCGUGGAAGACACACCGAGCCAGCUUGUGCCUUGGCCUUUGUUCCCAGCGGGCAGGACACGCCACUGGAUGGCCCUUCAUGGGAAGACUUUGCAGUUGUGAACCAAACCCAGAAAGCUAUUUUCCAAGGAGCCAGCAAUGAACCCAAAAUUCUAGAGGAGAUCUCUUUUUGUAAGUCUUAUUUAAAACACACACAGCCUCUUUUUUAACAGAGAAUAUACCUUGCAUUUAAUAAGUCCUCUCUUGCUACACAAAUUAAAUGAGUUUGGACUAAGUUAAUUGUGAAAGGGUAACAGAGUUCCAUAUUUUUUCCGAAUACUCUUAUGAGAACAAUGUUAAAUGAGAAGAUGCUAACGCCAAAAGUGAACUUGCAGGUGUACGACAAGUGCCAGCUGUACUGACUGAUGACUUCCUGUUUUUCUAAUCCCUACCUCUUUUUAAAUUAUGUAUAACUCAAAAGACAACUCAAUGAAGGCCAGUAAUGAUGUUGGAAGUUUCAAUGAUGUGAAAUAAAUUCUUAUUCUUAAGAGUGA